CUGAAAGUCGACAGACGCGACGCGACUUGUUGGUUUGCAAACACAAAAUAAUCAGCAAUGUUAGACGUGCAAGCUCACGACGAAAUCAGUGAUAUCAUGGCCAUGGAUGCCGCUGAGCAGAACUUUUUUUCGGACGAUGACAUGACUGAGGUUGAUCGAGACAUGUCCAAAGUCCAUCUCAACCAAGCGACGCCAGACAGAUUCAAAACCAAAAGUUUUCCUAUGGCAGCAUCUAAUUUCAACUCCAAAUUGACUUCAAUGCAGGCUAUGGAAAAUGACCCGGUGAUCCUCCUACGAACGUUUUACAACCGCUUUUUUCCUUACAAGACUUACUUCAAUUGGCUUAACUAUGAUACCACUCCUAACAAGAACUUUGUCCAAAGAGAGUUCAGUUUUACCUUGGCGUCAGACACCUAUUUGAGAUACAAUUCAUUCUCGGACGCUGAAGAACUUCGAAACGAAAUUGAACGACUACAACCUGUCAAAAUAGAUAUUGGUGCUAUUUACACUGCGAAACCAAAAGACAAAAAGACCAUCAACCCUAAAGCAUUUCAACCUGUUGAAAAAGAACUGGUGUUUGAUAUUGAUAUGACCGACUACGAUGAGAUACGCACUUGCUGCAGUGGUGGUGAUAUAUGUCACAAAUGCUGGGGAUUCAUGACGGUUGCUAUCAAAGUGAUUCACGCAGCUUUGAAAGAGGAUUUCGGCUUCAAGCAUAUUCUAUGGGUGUACUCUGGACGAAGAGGUGUCCAUUGUUGGGUAUGCGAUGAAAGAGCUCGGAAAUUGAACAAUGAGGCUCGUAGCGCUAUUGUAUCGUACCUGGAAGUUGUCAAGGGAGGUGCUGAGAUGUCACGGAAGGUUAAGCUACCUGCUACACUUCACCCAUCAUUGACGCGAUCACUGGAUAUUCUCAGACAAUACUUUUUACCACUGGUAGUUAAGGAUCAAGGCGUAUUUAACGACGAAAAGAGUUGGAAAAAGAUUUUAAAUAUCAUUCCUGACCAGGCUGUCCAAGCCAAACUUGCUGAGCGUUGGGAAGGCACCGAUGCAUCGGGUAAAAGUCGAUGGGAUGACCUCAGAACUGAAUUGGAAAAGAACGAAUAUGCCAAAAGAAAGACGGGUGACAAAUUGAAUUUGAUACCUCGGGACAUCAUUUUCCAAUAUACUUAUCCGCGAUUGGACGAUAAAGUAUCCACUAACAUCAACCAUUUGCUGAAAAGUCCAUUUUGCGUACAUCCCAAAACUCAACGAGUGUGCGUACCCAUCAAUCCCGACACCUGUGACCAAUUCGAUCCAUUCUCGGUCCCCACGUUGCAAACUCUGACCAAAGAAUUGGAGAGCUACAAUGCUGCCAAUACCAAGGAGACUGACAAGCGAAUGGCUGAUUACGAUAAAACGUCGCUUAAGGAAUAUAUUGGAACCUUUGAGCUAUUUGUCGAUGGCCUGUUGAAAGAAGCGCUAGAGCGCAAGCGAGCCGAAGCAUCCGUUUCCAUGGAAUUUUAAAUCUCCUUGUAUUAUACUUUCAUUUGUCAUUAAAAAAUAAUCAAAUAUCAAAACCUGCUUUAUGCAAAUAACAA